GACGUCGCCUGGGUAUAAAAAAGGGAAGAAGUUCAGAUGGAUUAUACUCCAUGCAGCCCUCGGGGUUGAACUCAGUAAACAGGCUAGAGAGGAGGAGGGGAGAGUCGCAGGGCAGUCUCCUGCGAGCGCGCACACACAGCUGCCUUCGGGAAACGAGCAUUGCUAGCGCUCGGAUCCCCUUGAAAGUCUCGGGAAAGUUUCGGUCUCGUCCGUCCCCGCCCGCCCCAGCCCUGUUCGGGGAAUGCCUGCUGGUAUGUUCAGCAUCGACAACAUCCUGGCCGCCAGACCCCGCUGCAAGGAGUCGGUCCUGCUGCACCAGAGCGCCGCGCCCGUGGUGUUCUCCAACCUGCAUGCGGACUCCAUCUACGGCCCCGAGUACAGCGGAUUUUACUCCCGGGCGGUGGCCCCCGCUUCCAACCUGCCCGCGGUCGGUGGAUCUAGGAUUGCCUACAACAACUACUACUACGGGCAGCUGCAUGUGCAGGCUUCCCCGGUGGGUCCUUCCUGCUGCGGGGCCAUGCAGCCUCUGGGAGCGCAGCAGUGCUCCUGCGUCCCUGCCACAGGCUACGAGGGUACUGGCUCAGUCCUGAUGUCGCCUGUGCCCCACCAGAUGCUGCCGUAUAUGAACGUGGGCACCUUGUCCCGGACUGAGCUGCAGUUACUGAACCAGCUGCACUGCAGGAGGAAAAGACGGCACCGGACGAUAUUCACUGACGAGCAGCUGGAAGCUUUGGAAAACCUCUUCCAGGAAACUAAAUACCCAGACGUGGGUACCAGGGAACAGCUGGCCAGGAGGGUGCAUUUACGAGAGGAAAAAGUAGAGGUUUGGUUCAAGAACCGCCGGGCAAAAUGGAGAAGGCAAAAGAGAUCCUCUUCGGAGGAAUCAGAAAACGCACAGAAAUGGAAUAAAGCGUCCAAAACGUCCCCAGAAAAGAGACAAGAAGAAGGCAAAAGUGAUUUGGACUCCGAUAGCUGAUACCUUACAAAUGGACCCUUGUCGUGGACUGUGGGACUUGCACAAAAGGAUGCUACUUGCACACGCUCUGCCUUGUUGGAGGGAAAAGAGAUCUGUAUAUAGUGUACGUUGGCCGGAGGUGAUUUCUUGUAAAUAAAAGAUGUUGCGGAGGUGUUGCACAGGUAUACGGCGGCGCCUUUAUUUAUCUCUAUUUAUAAUCACUUUAUUAAAUCCGGUGCUGCGAACAUAGUUUCUAUAGCCUAGAAAAAGCAGCGCAUGCAGUUAUUUUACCAGAGUUUGAAUAGUUUGGAAAGGGUGCAAGUUCCCGUAUUGUAAAUGGGGCCAAUGGGUGACUUGAAUAGUCUCUAAAUUCAGCGUGUGAUAAUUUUAGCACUGGGGGAGAGAUACAAUUUUAAAAAAUAAAAGCAGAUUUUUUUUUUAAUCCAGCCCUGGG